GUGACGACGGUCGAGGUGAACGCGUUUAGAGGCGAGAGCGAAGGAUCGAGCUUAGCCGUCACGCCGACAGACAAAAGUGAAAUCGUCACACUCUCCGCUGUGCUACAUCGGGGGCUGGGACUUAGAAAAAUUUUCAUAGCUCGGACGGUCUUUCUAGGCUCUGUGUGUGCGGUGUCGCGGCGGCCACUCUUCCGGAUAUCGCAUCAUUAUCACCGUCGCCACUAAUCCGUUCACAAUCGUUUUUGGUCGUCCUUCGCCGCGGUCCGGUGUCUCGACCCACGGUGCGAGCAGCGGAAAAGGCGAACUACCACCAGCACCAUGAGCGUGGAAACGGUCAUUCCACCAGCAAGCGGUCAUCCUCAGCCAGCGGAUUCAUUGAAGCAAAUGAAUGGAAUAGUCGAUCGCCCAAAUGGUGUAAGCAAUGGUCAUGCGGUUAGUGGUGGCAGCGGCGGCGGUGGAGAAAAUGGCAAUCGCCACAAGAGCCACAAGAGCUCGAGUAAGGACAAGCAUCGGGACAAAGAUCGCGAUCAUCACCGGUCCGACAAGGACAAGCAUCGGGACAAGGACAGGCAUCGGGAGAAAGAUCGCGAACGUGAGAAGGAUAAGCAUCGAGAUCGGGAGCGAGACAAGCAAAAGAGCAGCAGCGGCAGCGGUGGUCAUUCCUCAAAGAGUGGAGGAAGUUCGUCCAAGGACAAGGACAAGGAGAAGCACGGUAGUUCCGGUAGCAGUAGUACCAACAAGGACAAGGAAAGGUCUCACCACACCAGUUCGUCCUCGCACAAGAGCUCGAAAAGUGACAAGGAUCGCUCGAAAGACAAGGAACGGGACAAAGAUAAACAUCGUAGCCGUGAGGAUGGAAAAGACCGUAGUGAGCGUGAUAAGAAAGAUCGAGACAAGAGCAGCCGAAGCGACAAGGAUAAGCACAAAUCAUCAUCGUCCACGUCGAGUAGCAAGGAUAAGGAUCGCGACAAGCACAAAAGCAGUGGCGGCGGUAGUUCGAGCCGCGACAAGGACAAACAUUCCAGCAGCGGUAGUUCGAAACGAGAUAAGGACAAACAUUCGUCGUCGUCCUCCUCGUCAAGGCACAGGAGGGAGGGGAAAGAUGACGAAGGUGUUGUUCCAGCGGCCGUGGCUGCCGUAAAGCCGAUGCCAAUUGACGAUGCAGAUGGGCUUCCAAGAGAGUUCCUGAAUGGCGAUGGACACGUGAAGGUUGAACACGAUAUGUCACAGGAGUGUCGGGGGACCAAACCGCACGAUGCGCUUGAUAUGUCGCAGGCCAGUUCGUGCGAUUACUCUUUGUCACAAUUUCGGGCGGACGAAACACCGUUCCCACUGAAAAAUGAAUCGAUGGAUCACAAUCAGUCGAAUCAACGAGAAGACUACCGAGAAGGGGACGAUGAGGGCGAUGAGGAUGGUGACGAGGAGGGCGGUGACAGUGGUGGCGACAACGACGACGAGGAGUAUGGCAACGAAAAUGGCCACGACGAGCAACCGCAGCAGCAGCAGCAACUUCAUUAUCAACAGCAACAGCACCAGCAAGCAUAUUACGGUGGGAUGCAAGAUCAGUAUCAACAGCAUCAUCAACAACUUCAAAUCAAGCAGGAACCGCGGGAUGAGUUCAAACGGGAGCCUCAAUCGGAAGAAUCCGAGGAUGAUAUUCCACUGUCAAAGCGCAAGAAGAAGGAUGCCGACGACGGCUACGAAGAGGGCAAGAAAAAGAAGAUCAAAGUGGAAAAGAAGGACAAGAAAAAGCUUAAAAAACGUUCGUGCGAUUCGGACGAAGACGGCGAUGAUGACGACUAUGGCAAGAAGAAAUCCAAAAAGGCAAAAAUCAAGAAAGAGUCGCUGGCGAAACAGGAUGUGCAAAAGACGAAGUUGGUCGUGAAGACCGAAGUGAAGACGGAACCUAGCCCAACGAAGGGUGGCCGCAAAAAGAAAGAAGAAGAGGAACAAGAAGUGUGGAAAUGGUGGGAGGAAGAAAAGCGCGAGGAUGGUGGUAAGUGGACAUUCCUUGAGCAUAAGGGCCCUGUAUUUGCUCCACCGUACGAUCCGUUGCCGGAGAACGUCAAGUUCGAGUACGAUGGCCGAGAGAUGAAGCUGUCUGUGAAUGCAGAAGAGGUGGCCGGUUUCUAUGCACGAAUGCUAGAUCACGACUACACCUCGAAGGCGGCCUUCAAUGACAACUUUUUCAAAGAUUGGCGCAGAACUAUGACCGAGUCCGAGCGUGCACGAAUUACGGAUUUAAGUAAAUGCAACUUUCGGUCGAUGGCGGCCUACUUUGCGCAGCUGGCUGAACAGAACCGCAACCGAACCAAGGAGCAGAAAGUGGCCCUGAAGGAAGAAAAUGAGAAACUAAUGAAAGAGUACGGCGUUUGCAUGAUCGAUGGGCACAAGGAGAAGAUUGGUAACUUUAAAAUCGAACCACCUGGUUUGUUCCGCGGACGCGGUGAGCAUCCGAAGAUGGGACUUGUGAAGCGGCGAGUCAUGCCAGAGGACGUGACUAUUAACUGCUCGGAAGACAGCAAAAUCCCCGUGGCGCCCGCUGGCCACCGCUGGAAGGAGGUACGACACGACAAUGCGGUUUCGUGGUUGGCCUCGUGGACAGAGAACGUGCAGGGGCAGGUAAAGUACAUUAUGCUUAAUCCGAGCUCGAAGCUAAAGGGCGAGAAGGAUUGGCAAAAGUACGAAACUGCGCGCCAGCUGCUGAAGCACAUCGAUAGGAUACGCGCCACGUAUCACGAAGAAUGGAAAAGUAAGGAAAUGCGCAUUCGCCAACGGGCUGUGGCAAUGUACUUCAUCGACAAGCUGGCACUGAGGGCGGGCAACGAGAAGGAUGACGACCAGGCGGAUACUGUCGGGUGCUGCUCGCUGCGCGUUGAACAUAUCGAGCUGUGCAAGGAGCGGUAUGGCAAGGAGAACGUGGUGGUGUUUGACUUUCUCGGCAAGGAUUCAAUCCGUUACUACAAUGAAGUGGAAGUAGAGAAACGUGUCUUCAAAAACUUGGAACUUUUCAAGGAGAACAAAAGAACGGGCGACGAUCUGUUUGACCGCCUGACUACGACCUUGUUGAAUGAAUACUUGAAAAGUUUGAUGAUUGGGCUCACUGCCAAAGUGUUCCGUACCUUCAACGCAUCGUUCACGCUGCAGAAGCAGUUGGAACAGCUUACCGAUCCAAAGAGUUCGGUGCCGGAAAAGCUGCUUUCUUACAACCGCGCAAACCGGGCGGUAGCUAUUCUGUGUAAUCAUCAGCGUGCCGUUCCGAAGACGCAUGAAAAGAGUAUGGGCAAUCUAAAGGAAAAGAUACGCGUCAAACGGGAGCAGGUUGAGCAGUGUCAGAAGGAGUUGAAGGAUCUCAAAAAGAGUAACGUGCGUGAUGCUGGCGCUAUGGACAAGAAGACUAAGCAACUGGAACGGCUGAAUGAGCAACUCAAGAAGCUCGAACUACAGGAAACGGACAGAGAUGAAAAUAAAACUAUUGCCCUCGGUACGUCGAAGUUGAACUACUUGGAUCCCCGUAUUUCCGUUGCAUGGUGCAAAAAGUUUGGUGUUCCCAUAGAGAAAAUUUUCAACAAAACACAGCGUGAUAAAUUCCGGUGGGCGAUCGACAUGGCCGAUGAAACGUACGUGUUUUAGAGAAACAACCGGUGGUGACAGCAAUCGGUGAGUCGAUGAGCCGCCCUAAAUCGAUCCGUUCCAUGCUCGGGAACACAAGCGCGGAAUUGCAGUGUGGGAAAGCUAUGUUUCCAGUGUGCACAGGGCGGGUAGAUGAGCCAAAUUACGGCCUUGUAUGUGCCGACCACAACGAUACAUAAACGCGUCGCCGAUUAUCUUACGAAUUGAGAUAUGACUAGUCGCGUUUUAUGGUUCGUUUUGUUCGAAAAGUGAUUAUCUCGAGACGGUACGUUACGCGCCCCCCCCAAGCAUAGCACUUUUCGGGCGCUCAUUCAGCUCGAGUGUUGGGUACUCUGCACCGUACGAGAAGGCAGUAAACGCACACAGUCUAAUGCUAGUGAUAAGACAAAAUUAAAACUAGUUUUAUCGUCGAUAAUGGCAAAGCAGGAACAAUGCGGGCGGGUGGUCCAGAAGAAGGAAAAAAUUACACAGAAAUCUUCCCGAGUGACCUCUUUCUGGGCGACAAUGCGUGCGCGAAAAACGAUAGUUGUGAACGACCCGUUGUUUUCUUCUUUUAGUUCUAAGGUACGCGCAAGAGAUAUGCGAAGGACAACAUUUAAUUUAUUUUAGUAAAAUUCCACCAAUCAAAUGGAGAAGAUGCUCGAGACUAUCUAUAGUAUCGCUGCCGCCGGUCUACCAACCGGAGUGCGGCGACUAGAAGAAUGUUAUCGGCGGUACCGCAAUUUUAUUCCUCUUCCUUCCGAGGGAAACAAGGUAAGGUAAAUUUCUUGCUUUCCCUCUGCUCUCCGCCAUUUGUGUAAAGCUCCAUAAACUUCUUACCAGAUCAAUGGAGAGGAGAAGAAGGUAGCCUUAAAAGGUUGUAUAGGUCACAGUUUUUUAUUUAGCAGAAAACAAAAACCGAUUUAGCGAAAGGAACCAGGUACAAUCGAUUUGAAGGCAAAAAAGAAAACAAAAAUUGUAAAGUUCGAUUUAGUUAGUUAUUGCUCUCGUUUGGUGUGGUGUAUGUAAGAUAAUGAGAAAGAAUGUAACGAAUGAACGAAAGACAGCUUGUACAAAAUCAAUGAGCAGCAGUGAAAGAAAAAGAGUGACAGAAAGGGAAUCUAAAAGAGAUAAUCAGUUUGAACAACAGGUGCGUAUUGAGACGUCUUAGGGCAACAUUUGUGGCAUAUCCUAUCAAUGGAUGCCCGUUGCCGUUAGAUAACUACGAUUGCCUCCGAAGAAGUCGCCGUUUGUUCACCACACCUUAUCUACGCAACGUGACGGUGUGUUUGCCUAGAGUUUCCGGAAGGUGGAUAGUUCCCCUCUGGGAUCUUCCUUCUCGAACCGAGGGCGUGAUUCAGUAAGUGUGAGCGUGAUGUGUGCGCGUGCGUUUGAGCAUUAUGUAAAAGGUAUUAGAUACUAAGCUUGGUAGCUUUAAGACUUAGUACAUUUUUGUUUCGUUGCUGUUUGCUAGUGUGAGUGUGUUUUAUUUUUUCAGAUAGCACAAGUUGAUACACACUUACGCAAACAUUAGACAAACACACCCACUCAGUCCCUAGAAUGGGAUACACAUAUUGUACAGUACUUUGAUUGAAACAACAAGAUAUAUUUGAAUCGCCAAACACUUGGCCGACGUGCGAUAUGAUGCAAAACGGGAACGUCACAACACGCCGCUGAUCACAAAACUGCUUGAAGGUGACCGUAAUGCAUCUCGCGUUCGCGCCAGGUCGCGCUCAUUCCCAUUCGUUCGGUUUCGCGAUUGAAAAGUUUCCCGAAUCGAAUGGAGAUGCAGAACACUACCAUCGAAUUGGGAUUUUCUCCAGCAAAUCAUCAUCCUCCUUCAUCGUCGUGAUGUUAUCCUUGGAGAUUGGCUUGUGCACUAGGCUGUGAGUGCUGGUCACACUGCUCGCGCACACGGUUCCGAUGAAGAGUGAUAUUAAACAUUACGUCGCGAAAUUGACGAAUGUACGAAACUUUAAACUAAUUUUCAUACGCAAGCAAAUACAUAUGAGCGAGAGAAAGUAACCAGGGCGGUGGUGAUGAUAUCAGCUGCAAUAGCGGCAGUAAAUAUUCAUAAAACAAGAAAGAUUCCUCAUCCGGAUAAUAGCACGCGUUGAUCAGUCUUUCAAAGUGAUCGAUUGGUGAAGAGCUCCUGGAGGGAUGUUGACGAUCGAUACCGUCGAAAGUGAUCAUUUGAACGGAUUUGAAGCAGCUUGUCAUCAGGAGCUUGUGGGUAACGGACAAAAAGCAACAAUGACUACCAACGGUUCAUACAGAAGUGUGUCCGUUCUCUUAGGAAAUAAUACAGAAAAACUAGUGCCGAUCUUCAUUGAACCGCUUUCCUGAUAACAGCAGACUGCUGCCACCUUUCGUUCUGCAAUAAACCUAUUUAGAUAACGUUCCGCGGGAGCACACGAUUGGCUACGAGCGACAAUCGUUCAGCAAUUAAAACAGACCGUUCGAUAAGGCGCGUUGCGCCAUUGUCAACGAUCGAUGUGUAAAACCUAAGCUAAGAGAUCAUUUUAGUUUUUACGUUAACGGUAGCGACUCAGUGCGCCCAAAACUCCACCCAACCGGUGUGCGUGUGAAUGCUGCACGCAUGUUUUAAGGCGAGGAAAAAUAAAAAUUGAUGGCGGGAACUCCGUUGAUGAUGGGGAGAAACCGUUUAGCCCUUCGAACACAGAACUGAUGAUAAUAAUUCUGAUACUGACACACACACACACACAGUACUUGUUCAGAGCCAUGAACGCCCUGACAUUAUAACAAACACAACACAAAACAACAUAAACACGAUCCAAAUAUGCGUAGCAAAUCUGGGUGGAUAUACAAAAUUGGACGAACAUAAAACGAAAAACGAACGGCAGAGCACGUUUAAUGUGCACCAGGAGCGUAUAAUAAGAUGAAAGUUGUAGAACAUAGAAAACAUAUUGAGGAGAGAGAAGUGCGAAGGGCUGAAGAUUAGCAACAUAAAUAAAACAAAAUGGGACUCUGAGCAUAAAUGAUGAUAAAGAUGAUGAUUUGAAUAAACUA